AUGCAGCCUGGUUGUUGGAUGCGUGCCACCCAGCCAGCAACAGCAGAUAGAGCGGGGGCACGAUCAGGAGCAGGAGCAAGAGUAAAAGCACUAAGAGCAGGGUCCCCGGCGGCAACGUUAGAGGGAAGAGUUGGUGGGGGCUAUAUGGAAUCUUCGGCAUCGGUGGCUACUUUGGCUUCCAUCUCGUCAAUCGCUUCCACAUCGGCAGCAGCAAUGGCGGCACUGAAAGCCCGUCCUUAUUUGGUUGCACCAUUCGUAACCACAGCCUCAGCACCACCCACUCCACAGCCCCAUGCAUCCAAUUCAACGAGCACAGCCCGCACAGCACCAGCCACACCAACACGUCGAAGCAUCGCUCCCGAAGAGGAUCCAGACUUAGUAGAAGAAUUUGAUGCGGCCCUUGCUCAAAUGGAAGAGCCGCAAACACAUGCCAAGACCAAGUCGCAGCGGUUUUUUUGGCGAAAGGCGUUGCGGCGAGUCUUCCAGCGCCGUAAGUGACGGCGUCGCCGGCAGGACCUGCCCCGCUGGCAUCGUCCCGCCCGUCGCUGUCGUCGUCGCAACCUGGCCGAACGGGUGAGGCGCAUUUGCGCCUGCUGUGCCUACGGCCAGAUCCUGCUGCGUGCAGCCCGCGUGGCCCUGCUCAGCUGCAUCCGCUGGCGAACCCGUGGCAAUAUACGCAACAACAAUUUUUACUUCAGCAACCACUAAAGCAUCCGAAUCAGCAGCCAGCCAGCCAAGCAAAAAGUUGUGUCCAGACCAGCAGUCGCUAAUCUCCGUGCUCCUGCUAACUCACGAGUUACGUUUAAUGUUAAUGAAUAACCAUUCGAUUUAGUUUUACACAAGCCAGCGCUUAAUUUAUUUCCUGUGUUUUACAUCGACAAUUAGACUAUUUUUGUUGCUACUUAUGAAAUUAUAAAAAUGUAUUACCGUCUACACGAACUCGUCCCCACGAAUCCUGUACAUAGGGUCGAUCGAUAGUGUUCGAUCUUAUUAUUCAGUUUAAUUGAAGAGACGCAAAAGAAAGUGAGAGAGUAAAGCGAUAGGGAAUGCCGCAUACAAACCUAUAUAUAGGCAUAUAUCUGUUACUGUACAUUUAGCCAAGAGGCGAAUCGGCAAAUAUACAUUUAUAGCGUACAUAGUUAAAUGAACUGGAGUAGAUCCAUUGAUCGGUGAUUUCACUUGUGAGAGACCGCAUCGGGAUUUUUAUUAGCAUAUGUAAAAUGUACAUGGAUGCAGAAACUUGAGCUGAACAUAACAAUAAUGAGAACGUAGUUAAUUAGUUUAUCCUCGGCUUAGUGAUCGACAUGAACAAUUUGAAAAUGGCAUUAGUAACCAUUAAAAAGCGUAACCUGAAAUAGAAAAGCGAAUGCACUACCAGCAACAACCACAAGUGAAAGAAAUCCUUAUCCCAUAAUCGGAACUAAUAAGCAAAUAAAAGUAUGAUUAAAAAGUA